CGACCGGACUAUCAGAGAGACCACACUGCCCUCAAGUGUCUCGGGGGAUCUCAGCAAGAAGACAAGAAGAGGAGCUACCUUAACCAAAAGUUCGGGAUGCCGCCCAGGGUCAGUCCAUUCAAGGAUGCCUUUAAGUAUGUUUGCUCAAAGACUGACAAAACCAGCAAAUUAGAGCUCAAAUACAUCAAUGCAGUGAAAGGACAUGGUGUAUUUGCCUUAGCCUCAUUCUCCAAAGGAGAUUGUGUACUAGAGUACAGAGGGGACAUGAUUGAUGGUGCAGAAUCCCACAGAAGAAGAAGCAUUUACCACCCAGCAUGUUUGGCAUUUAUGUUCUUUUCCAAAUGGAGAGGGAAGACACGGUGUAUUGAAGCCUCCAGAGACGAUGGAUCGUUUGGACGGCUUGUCAACGAUGAGCACAGUCGUCCAAAUUGUAGGAUGAAAAAACUUGAUAUAAAUGGAAAACCCCACUUAUGUUUGUUUGCCCUUCAUGACAUACAACAAGGUGAAGAGAUAACAUAUGAUUAUGGAGGUGAUGACUGCCCAUGGAGGAUGAAGCUGGUGUCCGUCCUGCAGAAGCCUGCUCCUCUGCUUGGCCUUUAGAGACACAGUUUGAGGAAGCUCCAGGUCCACAUUACCCUGAUCCACAGACAACCCUGCAUGUAGCUGGUGUCCGUCCUGCAGAAGCCUGCUCCUCUGCUUGGCCAUUAGAGACACAGAUGGAGGAAGCUCCAGGUCCACAUUACCCUGAUCCACAUGUGCAUUCAUGUUGACUGAAGCUCUCCAUGUAUAACCCUUCUGCAUCACUCUAUGAUGCCUCUCCUCUGUUUUUUAAAGUUUGCAUUAAAUUUGAAAUGUAUUCCCGGAAGUAGUGUGUUAAUGUUGACUUGCAAUA